AUGAUAAAAACAAUUGGAAUAUAUUUAAUAUUAGCCACAACAGUCAUUGCGCAGGGAUACAGGAAAUUUGGUCUAAAUUGUGAAGACAUAGAAUGUAUAUCUGGUAAACAAUGCAUCAUAUCUAGAGUUCCCUGCGAAAAUCCGGUUCAACGAGAAGGGAAACAAUGUGGAACCUAUCCGGAGUGCAAAACAGAUCAGCUGGCCAGCGAUUUCUCCAUCGACACCACACUGACCAUCGCCAACACCCGCAAUAGCAUCAUCAUACCCAACACCAUCACGAAUCGCAAUCGGACUUAUAGGGAUAAUGACUUCGAACUAUUGACCGACUUCAGCAAUCCCGAUAAAUUUGCAUCGCAUGCAGGGCAACGGCAGGCCAAUGUUUUGGUUAUUGUUCAGGAUGGUUCUCAACAGCCAAAACUGCAGAGUCCUUGGCCGAAUCGAGGACAAAGUCCCCCCUGUGCCGUCAGCCCCCUCUAUCCAUAUUCCUGUAAAUAUCCAGGCAACCUUCCCAAUCCUGGCUCGGGAUUACCUUCCUAUCCACAGGCGCGAUCUGCCAAUGGGCCACAAUUAGUUCCUCCCACACCGCCUUGCUAUUACAAUUGCUAUCCCAGAGUGCGGUCUAGUCCGUACGGUCAAUACGGAUACCCCCUAGCUAGAUCAGCAAAUCCCUCAUCCACCAAUAAUUAUUUAAUAUACCUCACACUAGCUGGCUAA